AUGGGGGAGCAGUUGCACAAAAAGCAGAGGGUGUCGGAUUUGUUAAAUGAGGAUGUGGCCAUUCAGGACAUCAUAAAAAUUGUUAAGGUGUCCCAAACCAUGGUUUACAAUAUCAAGCAUUCCAAAGCCAUGGGGGAAGGUGUCCAACAAAGGCCAGGAUUGGGUGGACACAAUUCCAAACCAAAACCGGAGUUUUUGGAGUCUCUGGAUAAGAAGAUCCGUGAGGAUCCAAUGGUUUCUAUGUGUCACCUUGCCACCAGCUUUGAGGUCAAUGAGGGCACCAUCCGGAGGGCCGUGCAUGACAAUUUGGGCACGGCCAGCAAUGCAAGGACCCCCAGGCAUCUUCUGACUAAAAAGUUGAAACAAAAAAGACUGCUCAAGUGCCAAAAACUCCUGAAUUGGAUAAAGAGCAAGCCAUCAACCGUGAAGAACUUCUCUGAGAAGAAAAUUGUUGCUGUUGACCAUGUGGUCAACCACAGAAACAAUUGUUGGCUGGCAGAGUCAAUUGAGGAUGUCCAGAGGGUGUACAGGACAAAGCAUCCGGCCGAGGUAAUGGUCUUGGGGGUGGGGUCAUAUGAUGGGAAGAAGAUGCACCCCUACUUCUUUGACCCGGGAGCAAAAGUGGGCACAGAUGCCUACUACAAGGUACUGAGGUACCACAUGUUGCCAUGGAUCAAGUCCAACUAUCCAGAGGGAGACUAUGUGUGGCAGCAAGACAGCGCCCCCAGCCACAACUCCACCUGGUGCCAAAUGUUCUUCCAGGAGCACAUGGCCAAGUUCUGGAGCAAGGAUUUCUGGCCCCCAUCAUCCCCAGAUCUCAACCCCUUGGACUUUUUUGUGUGGCGUGUCAUGGAGAAGGAAAUCAACAUAUUUCCUGCAAGACGGCAACCUUGUAGUGCACUUAAACCCGCAUUGCUUUGA